CCCCGUGCCGGCGCCAUGGCGGGCCCGGGCGGUGCCGACGGUGCCGGGGACGCCGGGGAUGUGCUGAGCGGCGGCAGCGAGCGGCGGUGCCGGGCGCGGCUGGCGGCGGCGGGCGCGGGGGGCGCGGCGGCGGCGGCCGCGGUGCUGGUGCCGCUGUGCUCGGUGCGCGGCCGCCCCGCGCUGCUCUUCACGCUCCGCUCCCGCCGCCUCGCCGGCCCCCACAGCGGCGACGUCAGCUUCCCCGGUGGGCGGCGGGACCCGGCGGACGGGGACGCGGUGGCCACGGCUCUGCGGGAGACGCGGGAGGAGCUGGGGGUGGCGGUGGCAGCCACCAGCGUCUGGGGACAGCUUCGGACGCUGCCCGACCGGCAUGGAAUGACUGUGGCGCCCGUCGUGGCCAACCUGGGGCCGCUGGAGGCCUUGACACUGAACCCCAACCCUGAUGAGGUGGAGGAGGUGUUCACCCUGCCCCUGGCUCACCUGCUCCGUGAGGAGAACCAGGGCUACACCCACUUCCGCACGGCCAGCGGCUACGGAUACACCCUGCCCGUGUUCCUCAACGGCCCCCACAAGGUCUGGGGGCUCACAGCCAUCAUCACCGAGCUGACCCUGGAGCUGCUGCUGCCCGGCCGCUACCGCAGGAAGACCCACGUGCCCCCGCGGAAAGCCUCGGCCUGAGCGGGCAGGGGCGGCUGCAGGGUCCCUGUGCCUCGGUUCUCCACGUGCAUGGGGAAACGGCUCCGAGCCCAGCAGGGAUGUCACACACUGUGAUUCAGUAAAAGCCAUGUUUGGAACUGC